AACAAAUGAUUGAAACCAAAGCAUCAAAUAUUGAAUACUCAAUUAAUGAUAUAAUAGCAAAUCCUUCAAAUGAUAAUAUAUCAAACCAAACUUUCCCAUCAACUGAUUUAUUAGAUGAAAAAUCAUCUGAGACCAUAUCAUUUAAGAUGACUAAUAAAACCUUUGGUUCCACUAAAGAUUCCCCCCUUUUUCCUGCAUUUUCAAAUUAUCAUUUUAAUCUUGGUUUUAGUUCCAAUGCUGAUGACAAAAAUCCACUAGUAGCAAAUAUGACAGAAGAAAGAUAUCCAACCUCUACAUAUACAAUACAAACAAUACCUAAUAUUUCCCAAAAUAAUAUUUAUAAUAAUAAUAAUUUUAAAGAGAAUGAUAAUUCAAAUAAUGUAGGUGAUAAAAGAAAGUUGCUUUCUACAAUAUCCGGGGUUUUUAGCCCUGUAGCCUUAUCAAUGUUUAGUGUUUUACUCUUUUUAAGAUUGGGAUUUGUAGUGGGUCAAGCUGGUCUUGCACAAUCUAUCAUGCUAUAUAUGCUCACAUAUUUUAUACUACUAACUACAGUAUUGUCCGUAGCGGCUGUAGCAACUAAUGGAGCCGUCGAAGGAGGUGGUGCUUACUUCAUGAUUAGUCGUACACUUGGUCCCGAGUUUGGAGGAAGCAUAGGUGCUAUAUUCUUUUUCGCUAAUGUCUUUAGCAGUGCUCUCUAUUGUGUAGGAUGUUCUGAAGCGCUAGUCGAAAGUUUCGGGCCAGGUGGAACUUACUCAUCCCCCAAACGAACGAAUAGUAAUAUUACUAUAUCACCUGAAUAUUACGGCUACAAUACUCGCAUAUUACCGGAAGGUUUGUGGUGGUCAAUUUUAUACGCCUCUUGUGUUAACGCGCUCAAUUUAAUAAUAUGUUUGUUUGGGAGUUCGGCUUUUGCCCGGGCCUCUCUCACCGUCCUCGGCGUAAUAGUAGUUUGUGCUCUCUCCAUUCCUUUAAGCGUGAUUCUAAAGACAGACCCCACAUGCAUUGAUAUUCCCAACAAUAAUAUAAUCGUCUACCCACCGCAUCAGAGGAUGUCAUCAACUCCAAGCUUGAUAUUAAGUACCACCUUUUCUCAUUUAGAUUUUAUGGUGAACAAUACUUUAUCUAAUUUGAUAUCAAAUGUCACAGCAGCGAUAGAACCAACAUCAACCACCAAUUUCACUAGUUUUUCUCCCAUUUCAUCUGCUCCUACUAUGUCACCACUUAUUCCAUCAUUACCAACGUGUGGCAAUUAUACUGGGUUCAAGGUAGAAACAUUGAUGCAAAAUAUGAAACCUCAGUACUCUAUAGAUUAUACAACCGGAUUUACCGCCUCAUUCAUGACCGUUUUUGCCGUCGUUUUUUCUGGUGCCACUGGAAUUAUGGCGGGGGCUAAUAUGUCAGGUGAUCUUAAAGAUCCACAAAAAUCUAUCCCAAAGGGAACAUUAUGGGCCGUUGCUUUUACUUUUACAACUUAUAUUAUAUUGUCAAUACUCAUUGCUGCAACAUGCUCCAGUUUUUUAUUAAAAAAUGAUUAUAUGGUUUUAGCCCAAAUUAAUAUAUGGCCACCAUUUAUUACAAUAGGUAUAUUGCUCGCUACGAUUACCGCUGGACUUAGCAAUUUAAUUGGCGCCUCGCGCGUUCUGGAAGCCGUGGCCCGGGAUAACAUAUUUGGUAGUAUGUUACAAAGUCUGACCUUCAUAACACGCUCGGGCAACCCAAUAAAGGCGGUCGUCAUGUCUUGGCUUCUGGUCCAAGUGGCCAUAAUAGUUGGCGGUGGCUCUCUUAACAAGAUAGCCGGGAUCGUGACAGUUUCCUUCUUGCUCUCCUACUUAGCCGUAAAUGUGUCAUGCUGCGCCUUGGAUCUAGCUUCGGCUCCUAACUUUAGACCCUCAUUCACGCACUUCUCAUGGCACUCGGCCUUGCUCGGUUCUGGAGCUUGUCUCGUUAUCAUGUUCGCAGUUGCCCCCACAUUUUCUGCCCUAGGUCUUACUGUGUGCGCCUUCCUCGUCGCACUCUUACACUGGAAAACUCCCGCUUCUUCCUGGGGCUCGCUCAGUCAGGCUUUGCUGUUUCAUCAGGUAAGAAAAUAUUUAUUAUUAUUGGAUCCACGUAAACAACAUGUUAAAUACUGGAGACCACAAAUAUUACAGCUGAUUGCUGAUCCGCGUUACAAUUGUGAAUUGAUUGAUUUUGUGAAUGAUUUAAAAAAAAGUGGACUUUUUGUUCUAGGUCAUGUUAUUUUGCGAAGUCACAGUCAGCCUACAGAAGAAACAAGUGAUUUAGUCAAUCUUAAAACUCCAUAUUGGCUUACCUUGAUCGAUGGAUUGCGUGUCAAGGCGUUUGUGGAACUUACUAUCUCAGAUACUGUGAGAGAAGGAGCUCGGCAGUUAAUUCGUUUAUCAGGGCUUGGAGCUAUGAAACCCAACACUAUAAUAUUAGGAUUUUACGAUGAUGAUCUUAAACACAAUCGUUUUUCACCACUUUUUGAAAAAGUUUCAGAAGGUAAUACAAUGUUACAUGCCUUUGAUCGUCAAACCCCUAAAGUAUACAAAAAUUUAUUUGAUGCUGAUGAAUUUGUCGGUAUUUUAAAUGACUGCUUAUCUAUGGGUAAAAACGUGGUUCUUACUAGAAAUUUUAGGAAUUUCGAUAAACUACGCCUAUUUAAUCUAGAUUCCGGAAUCUCUUUUUUACGAAAUAUAACCUUGGUCAGCGAUGAAUCUACCUUUAGUACUGUUUCUAAUUUUAAAAAAUUCCAAACGAGAUGUCUAAAUCCUUUCAGUUAUCAUAUCAGCACCAAUAAUGGAUUAAAUAAAACCCGCUGUUAUGUUGAUGUUUGGCCACAGAAUUUUUUUAAUCCACUUGGCCCAACUAUUCGUUUAGACAAUCCAGGAACAUUAUUUUUACUACAGCUAGCUUGUGUUUUAAAUAUGAGGCGUGAUUGGAACAAAAAAAGUACUCUCCGAGUAUUAAUUUGUUUAGAUCCUCAGGAAAAUAACUUUUCUGGCGAUACAAAUAUAUCUUCUAAUGAUAAUCUUAGAUUUGAAAGCCCUGAUUCUAUAAAUAAGCCACAUAAUAACCAUACAUUACGCGAACUAAAAAUUUUACUAAAUCAGCUCAGGAUACCAGCCAAAAUCAAGGCAGUAGAUUGGUCUCCGGGACGUUUAUUUCCAUCAUUAUUUAAUUCUAAUUGUAUUUCCGAAAAUAACAAUAUGGUUUACACUAAUGGAGAUAAUCAGGUCAAUCCGGAUACUUUAUUUUUACCCGAAAAUGAUUAUUUGAUGUAUGUUAAUAAACUUGUUUCUAAACAUAGCAUAGGGUUAACACCUAUAAAUGAAAAUAUAAUUCAAACGCCAUCAAAAUAUGAAUCACCAACUGCUGUUUGUUUCAUGUAUCUUCCUAAACCCAGCCCCAAAUUUCACAAAGAGUAUUUAUUUAAAUUAGAUAUUCUGACAAAGGACUUACCUCCAUUAUGCAUGGUUCAUGGAAUAAAUACUGUCACUACAACAACAUUAUAGCUAAUUAAUUUCUAAAUUUGCGACUUAUCAAGAUUUUUAAUUGUUUUGUAAUAUACAUUGCUUUGUCCCCUGCUAAUAUAAAAAAUAAUCGAU